UUAUAUCCUCACCCGGCACGGUGUUUUUAUAAAUACUGAAAGUCAAACCCUAAAACGGACUCUGUUUGCUAUAGUCACGAUGUCGCUAUGAAAUUAGCAGGGAAAUAAUUAUCAGUCUCAUUCCAAUGCCAGUAGGCUGCACAUUUGUCUCCCACACGACAGGGGGCGCUAAUAAAACAAAUCUGAAGUAUGUGCUCUGUGGUGAGCGCAGAGGAAGAAAAUAAACCAUGUUCAAGCUGCCUCCUCAGAGUCCUGCUGGCUGGGUGAUGGGAGUGGUGUUGGCCGCCGCCCCCUCUGAAGACAAAACACCCAGCACAGACAUGAAACUAGACCAGUUGUCCCUGUACUCCGCUCCGCAGCGUAAUCUUCGCUAUGUGGAGCCGUCAAUUGGUUUCCUGGAGCAGGGCGUGACCUCCGCAAGACACGCCUCCCAGCCCGCCCUCACCUGGACACAGGGCGUGUACUCGAGUGUGAAGCCCAAAGUGGACAAGGCUGUGCAGAUGGGGAAAGAUGGCUAUGUGUAUCUCCAGAAUCCUCCUCCAGAGUUCUACCCGAGAGCCGGAGUCAUCGGAUUCGCCGGAAUACUGGGCCUCUUCCUGGCCAGAGGCUCCAGGGUGAAGCGUCUGCUGUAUCCUUCAGUCCUGACGGGUGUUGCUGCAUCCAUGUACUACCCUCAGGAAGCAGCUGAGAUCGCUAAGGCAACGGGUGACUCCAUCUAUGAUUGGGCGAUCCAGGCCUACGUUACCGUGGAGACACAGCUGUUCAAACCCAAGGCCCCCAAACCGCAGGCUGAGAAGAGUGCCAGCGAAGAGACCAAGGCUUGAAUUCCAGAUCAGGCUCUGACGGCAGUUUAAUUGAGAGGAAUCGUCCAGUCUACUUCUGAGAGAAGCCACGCCCCUCCAAUCCACUUGGGGCACCCUUUACCCAUCCUCCAAUGGCCUUUCAGCACCCCUAAUUUAUCCUCCAAUCAAAUAAUUCCAGCUCCCCUUUACCUAUCGUCCAAUAGGCUUCUGACUCCCAUUUGCACUAGAAUUGGACACGCCCACAUUGGGGUGAAGUCUGGCCAGCAUCUUACAUGAGAACUGCAAAGUAAUCAAACGCACAAAACGGCACUUGUGGAAAUGUAUUUUUAGAUAUUUAAAAUAAUUGCCUGUUGUCUGAUGUACAUGCUAAAAGCAUAACUUUUAAUUUGUCUAAUUAUUUUAUUUAAUUGUUUUAUUUAAAUUACUUGAAUCUUACAUUUUAAACAAAAUUUUAAAACUUACAUUUUAAACUAAAUAAUGUGACUUUUGUCAUAUUCAUGUAGUGAUUGCUUCUAACUGUGGCGGUUCAGAGUAUAUUUUAUUAAGAGGAUAAAUAACUGUAAGAGUAAAAAUGUAUAUUUGAUGUGAAUUUAUGUGAAGUAUUUAUUUUGGAUGGAAGUGACUGCUUCACUAAUAAAUGAAAGACGCCCUUUGGAAA